ACUUAAAAAAAAAAAAACUAUGACGCUGAAUUAAAAUAUAUUUUAUUUUAAUUAUACUUAAUUUGUGUAAAUAUAUCUAAAACUAUAAACUAAUAACAAGGAUAGCAACAGGCCUGAGCUCGAAAUUGUUUACAUGGGCUCUGGUUGAAAACGUGCGUGCAAGCGAUUACCUGAGAUCUCUGAUCACAUAAGAAAAGGCCAGUCGUAGUGAUCGUCCUGAAAAAUGCCUGGCGGGAAAGCCGAUGAUGACGAAGCUCAGGCCAGCGCGUCGUCUCAGGAGAGCGCGAGCGCGUGGUCAAUGAAGCUCCCGGCGUUCACCAAAGACGACAACCCGCAUGGCGUCCUCUGCGAGAGCGCCUUCGCAACACUCUUCCCCAAGUACCGCGAGAAGUACCUGAGGGAAUGCUGGCCCCUGGUCAAGAAGACGCUGUCGGAACACGGAGUCAACGGGGAGCUGGACGUCAUCGAGGGGAGCAUGACAGUCUCGACCACCAAAAAGAUGUGGGACCCUUACAUCAUCCUGAAGGCCCGCGACAUGAUCAAGCUGCUCUCCCGAAGUGUGCCCUAUGAGCAGGCGAUUAGGGUGCUGGAGGACGACGUCGGGUGUGACAUCAUCAAGAUAGGCAGCAUGGUGCGUAACAGGGAGCGCUUCGUCAAGCGCCGCCAGAGGCUCGUGGGUCCCAACGGGACCACACUCAAGGCUAUCGAGUUGCUCACCAACUGUUACGUGUUGGUGCAAGGAAACACGGUCGCUGCCCUGGGUCCUUAUAAGGGAUUGCAACAUGUGCGUAAGAUUGCAGAGGAGACCAUGAAGAACAUCCACCCGAUUUACAACAUCAAGGCGCUGAUGAUCAAGCGGGAGCUGGCCAAGGACCCCAAGCUGAAGGACGAGAACUGGGAGCGUUUCUUGCCCAAGUUCAAGUCCAAGACGCUCUCCAAGCGCAAGAAGCCCAAGAAGCGCCGCACCAAGGGAGAGUACACUCCCUUCCCGCCCGAGCAGCCCGAGAGCAAGAUGGACAAGGAACUGGCAUCAGGAGAGUACUUCCUCAAGGAGAGGGAGAAGAAGGACAAGAAGAUGCAGCAAAAGAAUGAGAAAAAGGUGGAGGCCGAGGUGAGGCGACAAGAGCGGAGAAACAAGCCCUUUGAGCCGCCCGAAGAGCCCAAGUACGUCAGCAAAAAGCGUCCCGCAGAAGCAGAGUCUGCAGUUGACAUUGAAGCUCUCAAGAAGAAAGUCAAGGCAGCCAAGAAAAAGCCCGAAAAGAAGAUCCAAUGGCAGAGCUGAAUUUGGUAUCUACAUGGUGUCUCCCUCCCCAAAAAAUUGGCAUUUUUUUAGUCGCAAAAAUAAACUGGGCAUUGCCGAACGCUCAGUCCCUGCCCAAAUGUAACGCUAGCAGUCCGAACUAGCUGGCAAAGCUUCAAAACGAACCGUUAUCUUAUUCCAAAGUUCACAAUCGAUUUUGGGAAAUUUUUUAACGAGACAAUGGUAGCCGGCGGAGCCCGCGAACACAUGGGACCGAAUGGCGCAAACUGCCCGGAACUGGCCGCAUUUUCCCAUUGAAUGUCUCAGAAAAUCACUCGCAACUUUUGAAUAAGAUGACGGUUAGCUCCCAAACUUUGUUGUCUGGUCCAAACCGCUACCACUAUAAUAAUAAUAAUAAUAGUUUUUAUUUUUAUGUGUCCACAAACAGCACAGGGCCUUUUGUGUGGUACACAGCAAAUGCUGACAAGAUAAAAAGUAUAAGCACAGAGAAAACAUAGCUAUCCCAAAAAUAACUCACAAAACAAACAUGGAACACAUAGCCACAUCUGACAAGCAAGAUAAGGUAAAAGAAAAAGGGGCACUGAAAAUACAACUACAGCAAUCCCAAAAAGAAAGAAGAAAAAGGAAAACGCUAAAAAUUGCAAAACACUGGGAUCAUGCAAACAAUAUCUUUGUUUGGGAGGAGAUAGAGCAUUUGGCAAUGCAUAGUUUAUUUUAGAAAUGAAAAAACUAAAUAUUUUCUUCUUUUUCUGGGGGGGGGGGGGGGGGGGAUACGCUGUCUACUGUACAUAGAAAGAAUCUACAAGUUCCGGGUCUAAGGAAGGUCCGGCUGCUUGUAUCUCGUCUCCCGGUCGUCGUUUCUGACGUGCUCCCUGAGGAGUGCCAUCACCUCGUUCUCAAACUCGACGGGAGUUUCCCUGGCUCCUGAAAAUAAAAGAAAAAAAUCCAGA